CCAUUAAAAAUAAGAAGGAAGAAUUAUUAUCGGCGUUAAGUGAAAAACAUUAUUCAACUAAAACCAAAGGAGAGCGAACUUUGCCAGUUUCCCAAUGCCUCGGAACUGGAAAAUAUUUAUUGGUGGUUCAUAACGACCACACUCAUUUUAUAUAUCAGUUAACUAAUCCUUCGCAAGUUAAAGAAAUUCAAAAGGAGUUUAAUUUACAAAAGGAGGACGAUUAUUUGAUUAAUAUUAAAAAUCCCCAAGCGGCUACUCCCCCUGGUGUGGGACUGGCCGAAAAACAAAAAGUUAAAUUCCCUGCUUCUUUGCAAAACAAAUUUGCUAAUUAUUCCUUUAUUCCUCUGGCUACCAGUGAAUUUUUAAACUAUGAAGGAGUAGAAUUUUUAUUAAUCGCUAAGGAAAAAGUGAAUUUAACUAACCGAGAAGGCGAAUUAAAAUCCUGCCUGGAAAAAAUACAUUCUGAUAAUUUACUGGAUGAGUUUGCUAAAAUAAAUUCUCCGGAGGCUCUGGUUCCAAUUAAGGAAUAA